GGCGGAGUGCCCAGUGAGGAGCUGCUCCUGCUGCUGCUGCUCUGGGUGCGCCACUUCUCGGCGCUGCUGCUGCUGAAUCUGAGCGCUCCGCUCCGGGUGUCCGCGCCGCGUCCAUGAACUCAGCAGGUCCAGCAGCGAGAUCAGCGAGGGUUUCGGUCGGGAGGCUGCGCGUCCCUCCAGCCAUGGACGCAGCGGUUCCGGCUGCCCAGGAGGCUCCGCCGCAGGCUGCCACCACCGCCGCAUCAUCGUCAGCCGCUGCCUCCGCGAAGAAGGCGGAGGGUGGAGCCGGAUGGGAAGUGGCCACCGAUAAGAGCUCCCUCAGCAUUCAGCUGCAGAAGAGUCAGCCCGAUGUCGUCCUGUCGCAGCUGCAGUCACGCUGCGUUGGGCCGGGCAGAGUGGAGGGCUUCGCCGCGGGCUGCUCCCAUCAUUCCUGCUGCCCGCUGGAGCUACGGGACUGCUCCGGCCUGGCCUCGCACGUCGGCCCGCGGCCCUGGGACACGCCGCUCAUCGACGCGCUCACCCUGGAGUUGCUGCAGACGCACCCGCAGCUGCGGCCGUCUCACCCCCGCCGCCUGCACCCACGCCGGCCUCCCUCGCCGUGGGGCCGCCACGCGACGUCCCCCUGGCCCUACCAGCAUGUCGGCACGCAGACGGAGCACAGGGAGGGCCACCAGGCGCCCAAGACCCGGCGCGUCUCCGCGGCGACACAGACCAGCGAGGUGAUGGACAAGCCCUGCUGUUGCCUCCACCCCGGCAUGUGGCUGCCUCCGUUCCCGUCGUCCGGCGCCACCAGUGUGUCCCACAGCUCCGGCCUCGACAGGAUCGACGGCGCAGAAGGCGCGGCGUGUGGGGCCCGCAGCCGGCUGCCUCCAGGAACCGCGACGCCGUCCAGUCCAUCGGACGCCUCCGAUGCUUCGCCCGACAUCGACACGAGCGGCAAGGCUCAAAUAAUGCCUCACAGCUUCAACCACAGGCGCUCCAUCCGCCUGUCUCGUUCCUCGACGGCCAGCUCCAUCACCUCUGUCGACGAGGAUGGCCGAGUGCUGGACCUGCUCCGGGACGAGCUGCCCGAGCCGCUGCUCGCCGAGGAGGAGCAUCGGCGUAACCUGCAGCUCCUGGAGGACGCGUCGCGUGCCAGCCAGCGCUUCCUGGCGCGCCCGGGCCGCCGAUCACGGCACAGCCUCUCCGAGGCGGCGUCCUCGCCUGGUCUGUCCCCUCGGUCCACACCCUUUCCACUCCCGUCAUGUGGCACGUCUCAGGCUGGCACACCACCAGCGCUCUCGCCGCCGCUGCCCGCUCGGGUGGCCCCUCUGCGCGCUCCCACGGCCUGCCUCGACAGCGCCGCGAGCGCCGCGGGGGCCUCCGCCGAAGAUGGGACCAUUGCCUGA